AUGGCCUCGCUUCCGCCAGGCCCCGGCAAGCAGCAACCAACACCUCCGACACUGUCGGACACCACGACCACGGCAACCCCUAUGGCUACCGUCAUUGUCCACCGCAAUGGCAUCCCCACCGCCAUACUGGUGCUGGCUACUGGCAUAAUUCGCCAACCUCACCCAUCCUCAUCCGAGAACGACUCUGCCUCCGACACCACCAAGAGCCCUGUUGACCCGCCUCUCACUGCCCGCCAACUCCGGUGGAAGCAUGCCGCAGACACGUUCCUCGCUCGCCACGACCGCAAAAGGACUAAACGGGCCGCUAAUCGGCCGCGCCAUACGCAUACACGGCCUACCCGGCCCGGCACAACCAGCCCCACCCCAGAAGUCACACAGCUCCCUCAACCGGCCGCGCCCCUCUCCGAUGACGACCGACCCAUCCACCCCAGAUCGACGCGCACCCCACACACCGCCACCCCCCCACGCAAAGCUACGCCACUCAAGACAAGUCCUACUACGCCAUCCGCACCGACUCAUACUCCCUCCCACCACUUCAAGCCGGCCAAAGGCUCAUCCACACAGAGCUCCCUUCCCGACAUAUGGCGUCAACCCCAGCACAACGCACUGGCGCCUCCUCCUAUCACCUCCCCAUAUACCAACGCUCCUAUCCCUGCACCCAUUACUGCCCAACAUGGGACUCCAUAA